CCUUAAAAACACACGGACCUAUGGGCCCUGUGGGUAAUGUUACAGAAAAUAAAUGAAAAUGUCGUCGAAAGGUCAGCGUUGGAUGAUUGAUUCGGGAAUUCUGCGGAAAAAAGAUGGGGAAGAAGAGCCACAGGAGCUGUUGGUGUUCGGAUAUAGCUGCAAAUUGUUUCGGGACGAUAAGAAGGCGCAAAUGAUUGACCAAGGGAGGCAUUUGAUCCCAUGGAUGGCCGAUAACUCGUUGAAAAUAGACAGAGAAGUGAUGUCAAAAUCAAAUACAAACACGGAUAUAACAACGGAAUAUGUUACAAUCGAACUGGUCCCAUCAGUUUAUGUACGGAUAAGCAUUCUGGAAGCUGUUUAAGGUUUCCGCAGGUGUUGCGGCCACCAAAGUGCUUCGACACAGCGCGUAGUGCACUACGAGUGCAGUGCAUUUCGGAUACCACUCUUGUAGCUGAUCCUUGGUACAUCAGCAAGGUGAGACACACCGCAGAGAGACAAACGACGGCUGAUGAUCAUUUUAAAUUAUGGUCACUCAGCACGAUACGAUGGACGUGGAGCAUUGGGUGACCUGCGAGUACACGAACCACCGCCAGGUGGAUUUGAUCUACGGCAAGUCCUCACCGAGGAUGAAAGGAAAGUGGAACAGAUUUGUGACGAGGAACGCUACCGGUCUCUUUAUAACAGCGAUGCAGAGGAGACAAUGUAUCACGAAGAAGAAAUAAAGAGGUUGCAUCAAGCCCUGGACUCAGAAAAUCCUUAUGCUCAAGUAGCUUACAAUUAUAACGAAGAUGAAAUUAAUCAAGUGGCAGGCGGUGGCGACACAAAUAGCCCAAAGCCAUCAGACGGAUCUCAGGAAGACGAAGAUCAAGCAUUUAUCCCUCCACCCGAGCUUCAAAUUCCCGAGGAUAUGGUUGUGCCGGAAACACAAAAGUUAAAUGCCAUCAUUACGAAAACUGCCCUCUUCAUUAGUCAACAAGGGGGUCAAAUGGAAGUACUGAUUAAAGCAAAACAGGCCAACAACUCUCAAUUCUCUUUCCUAUCCAUCGAUGGACCUCUGCAUCCCUAUUAUAGACAUGUCCUUGCUGCAAUCAAGGAUGGUAAAUACAACCCUGAAAAACAGCCUGAGAAGGAACAAUCUGAAACCGAGGACGAAUCUGACGGGGAUGACGAAUCAUAUCUUCAUCCAAGUCUCGCGCCAUCUUUUAGUAAAGUGGAAUCGGCACCCAGUAUUCCGAGUAUUCAGUAUAAGCCGUCAGCCGAUUGUGCCUACUCCAUGCUGGUGAACAAGAUCACAGGAAAACCACCUCCGCCACGGAUACCCCACCAAGUUGAGAUUCAUGUUCAGCCUUCACCUCCAGCUAGUUACUACCCCGUGCCUCCUCAGAACUACCCAGCACCAUAUCCGCCAGCACCUCAGCAAUAUGUGCACGGUCCAGUGAUUUAUGGAUCGAACGGACAAGUCGAGCCACCACUGGAAAAUAUAUCUCAAUCAAGCGCAUGUUCUCCACCUCAACAAGCGAAGGACGUUCAGGUAUCUCUGGUGCCCUAUGGACAAACACCACCAAAGCCUUUGGGUAGGCCUUCCUUCAUUGUCCCACCUGCCGAUGUUCAAAUAAUCAUCGAUAAGAUGGCCAGCUACGUGGCCAAGAAUGGUAGAGACUUUGAGGCAAUCGUGAAAGGCAAAGGGGAUCCAAGGUUCAAUUUUCUUGAAUUAUCGCACCAGUAUCAUGGCUACUAUGCUCACAAAUUAACGAUCUACGAAGGUGCUGUAGAUACUAAAGCAUUAACGGAAGAGCAACUUCUUCAGGAACAAGAACCCCAAGAGGAGAAACAAAAGAAGUUGGAAGAAUUGCAAAAAAAACAACAGCGAAUGGAGGAGGUGCAGAAGAGGGUAAAAAUGAUACAGGCCAAGAAGAAGGGAGAUGUUAAACACGAACAGGGUGGCAAACAGGUAACGACUGUGUCAUUUUCUAUAAAGAAGCCAAAGGAAGGAGAAUCGACUGUAAUUGAAAAACGUAGUGCGCUGCCGCUGGAAGAGAGCGAUGAGGACGUGGAAGAAAGUAAACGUGAAACAAAUUCCAAGCCUAACUCGCCGCCUGAUAGCAGCGACGAGAGUCGAGUGUCGAAAAUUGAUAAAGAGAUAUCAAAGUCUGAAAAGAAGAGUAAAAUUGACUACAAAGAGUUCGUUGACCUGACUGAGGACAUUUUUGAAGACUGUCAAAAAGAAGUUAGAAAUAAGCAAGCUGAGGAGAGAAUAAAAGACAAACUUGCCGCUGCUGCGCGGGAUAAGCUGGCCGCAAAUUCUCGCGAAAGACAGCUUCAAUUAGAAAGGAAAAAGAAGGCUGCAAUGUUCCUCAGCCAAAUACAAGUGCCUGCUUUGUCCAAAAUCGGAGCCGCCAUUCCUAAUAUUGCCUUUCGAAAAACUGAUGAUUCAGACGAGGUUCAUUCAAUCCCCUCACCGACACCAGCUGCCAGCGAAGAUGCGGACGCACGAAUAAAUGGCAAUUCCUUAAUGAAUAGGCUCAAAGGUUCCGACUUGGGCAGCAAACGCCCAAGGCCAUCUUCUAGAAGUCGCAGUAGAAGUCGCAGCCAUUCGGACAGAAGUAAACAGCACAAGAAGCACAAGAAAAAAAAGACCUCGCACAAAAGCUACGAUAGCCCUUCGAGUUCCCGCUUCCACAAAUCCAAGAAAACCAAAAAAUCAUCGUCAUCAAGACACCGGUCUCGUUCAAAAACACCAUUACGCCGACAAAGUCAUUGUUCUAAACAUUCGCGGAAGGACAGUAAUUCCAGUGAAUCAGAUUCUGGCGCAUCUUGAAACGAUAUCUUUUUCAAAACUAGAUAAGUAUGCAUGUAAAAUUGUAAAUAAUGCUAUAACACUUGAUAAGUGUAAAAUAUUUACAAAAAAAUUAAAGAAACAGAAAGAAAAAACUGGAUGUAUUAACAGCCAAAUUUAUUUUUACAUUUCUAUGAAUCGAAUGUCAUUUCAAGCUUUACCUUCAAACAAACUUUAUAUCGUGACACCAAAUAUUAAUGAACAUUUGCAUAGUCUUUGUCUGAUACAAAUACUGAAUACACAAAUUGUCAGCAUACAUAAAAUUUACUCAUCGACAUUUUGAAUCAUCAUACAAAAUAAUGAAAGGGUCUAGAGGUCUUUGAAAAGAUAACUUAUGACCUGGCAACUUCCAUUAGUUGUCUUCGGAUGUAAAUCUAAAUUCAUGAAAAAUAUCAACCAAUUGCAAAACUUUGAAGCCUGAUAAAGCAACAGAUUGAUAAUUAUGUAAUUCAUAGAGAUAAACAGUGAGUGAAAUUACUGACUAUUGGCGAAUUUUCAUUGAAUACAGAUAAAGAUUAUUAACGAAUGUUUAUACACGAAAAAAUUAUUGAAUGUCAAAAGAUAUUACCAAUUCAAAAUCUUAUUCGCGUUUGAAUACGCGUAUAUUUUCGAAAAAUGGAUGAUUUUCUUUGACUUGCAAUCACUAGUUCCUUUUUUGAUAAAUAACCAUCUACUUGUAAUCGAAUAAUGUUACACCCAAAGAGAUAGCCGAGAGGUUUCAAAUGAUGAUUUCAUAAUUAUUAAUGACAAUAAUGUACUUCUGUAUUGAAUUUGACUACUGCAAAAUAAGAUUAGCAAAAUUUAAGUGAUGAAAACAAAUUGCGAAACUUAUCAAUCCCCCAAAAAGAAUCAUGCAACCUUGUGAUUGAUGGAAAAAUUUGCCAAACCUCGUUGUCUUACGAAAUUAUACAAUUCAGCAAUCAGUUGACAGUAUGACCUGUGAUAUGCCAUUUCUGACGUUAGUAUAAUAAUAAUUAUUG